AUGUCGAAUGAGAGGAACGUGGAGGCUGUCGGCUGCGACGCCUCCAUCAUGAAGAAUGUUUGGGAGAUCCGAGAGAGAGAGUAUGAACAGAAGAUACAGCAGGAACAGGAGCGGAGGGCGAAAAGUGCUCUGCCUGCGUAAGAACUAAAACAGUUUCUGUGUCUGUGUGUGUCUGAACAGACUUGUCUGCAAGUCCCCCACAAAUCUGAGAGUAUAACUUCUUUGUCCUUUGGAGAGCAGAUUUUCAGCAUAAAAAUUUUCUCAAAACAGCUUUUGCAUUUUGAAUUAUAAUGGAUGUUUGCAGACACCAUUAGUAGAAGUUAAUUUAAUGGAUGGCAGAUUACAGUUGAUCGUUAUAUGCUCAAAGCUUUGUUACCUCUGCACAAUUUCUGUCAAUUUUUAAACUUCCUUGUUUGGACUUUAAAAAGUUUAUCAAACACUGUUGCAACUAAAUCAAUGAUGGACCAAACUUUAGUGCAAUUAAAUCAAAGAAAAGAAAGAAAGACACAGAAAAACUUGCAAAAAUUGGAUUGUUCUUUUUUUGAUCCAAACCCCGUAUAUGAAUGGACUUAUUUAUAAGACUUUGACAUAAUACUUAUUUAUUUACGGCACCUAUUAAAAGAGUGUGAAUGAUAUUCAAUCUGUCAGCAUGCCAAAGGUUAUUUCACAUUGACUGACAGCAGGGCUCAGACAGUAGCAUCGUGUACUUAAAUGUCUCGACCUUACUGUGGGAGGAGUGAGGAAUCACUGAACAUAGCGGCACAGAUAGUGAUUUUACAGUCGACUCUAAACAUGUGGGAGGGUAGAAUAACUGUGCAGUAGACACUAGAUACAUUUUUUUUCUAAAAAUCUGUAAUCCAAACCAGUUGCGCAAAAAAAAAAAAUUCUUUCCCCGUCUUAGUUUUUUCCAAUGUUUUCUACCAUUUGGACCCAUUUAACCUGCAGAAAUCAAUCAGCAGAUUCAACUGUAUUCCACAGAGAUACAUGGCUCAUUAUUAGAUGGUUAGGAGCACAUAUUGUUAUUAUACAACACUCAAGGAAGUCAAGUGAUGCUCCACAGGAAAAAAAUGGAAUGAGGAGACAAAAUGUAGACUGAACAACAACAACAAGAUUUUGCAGAGUUGACAAAGUAUAUAACUUAUUUCAAGAUCAUAUUGUUCAGCAAAUAAUGUUUAUGCCCAUUUCACUGAGAAAAAUGUAUGUCACACAGAUAACAAUAUAAUUUGCACAGUAGAAACUAAGAUUGUACAGACGAAUGUACUGACUUCACAACACAUGAUUGCAUGAAAUUGCAAUACUGAAAAUUAUACUCCAUGGUAGAAAAUAUAUGUGUUGCAUUAUAAAAAUAAAUGCUGCACAGUAAAUAUCAUAUAUUUGACAGUAUAUUAUUCAGUAUAGAUAAACAUAGCAUGAUAGAUAAUACAUCUAUGAGUUUAAGUAAGGACAAUUGUUGGCAUACUUUAUAUUUCUUAUAUACAAAUACCAAAUGUAAACGUUUAUCCAUGCUGUACAGUGUUAAGUAAUUCCUCCCACACAUCACUGUCAAGUCAAAAAUCCAAAAUAUUGCUUCACUUUGUUGAGGGGAAUGUUUUUAUUGAGGUGCUUACAGUCAGGAUUUUAAUUAAGCUAUUAACUGGUGAGUGUCCCUGUAACAUUAUCUCAUCCAGUAAUGAGUGUCACCCCAGGCCUAAUUAUAAACAGAGCAGAUAUAUAUAUAUCCCUGACCACACAUUUUUGGACUCCCUCCAUGUCUAUAAAUACAUAACACAUGCUGUAACCCAGCAACAAAUCUAGCCUAUAGUACUGUAUAGCAUAACUGUUCGCCCUGCAUCCCAAUCACUGAGAUGUGAUAAGAAAGCACCAAUAAUUUCCCCUGCAAAACAAUGAAAAAGUUCAAAAUCCUUAAAUUGGGAUGUAUAGGUGUCCAUGGCAUAAGUAGUUUACUUCCAUGAUCAAUGUUGAACAAUAUGUACAGGUUUAGGAGCAACAUAUGUUGCCAUUCAGACAAUGACUUUAUACAGACGACCUUCAUAUUUCAGCAAGAUAAUGACAAACCACAUUCUGCAGAUUAUACAACAGCAUGGCUCUGUAGUAAAAGAGUCCUAGGGCUGAACUGCCUGCAGAUUCAGAUUUCAGAUUUAUAUAUGUACACAUAUCUCUCAUAAAAGUGGUCAGGUACAGUAUUCUUAUAUGUACCCUUAUAUGGUCCUUGAGAAUACGAGUCUUGUUUGGUCUUUUCACUUGUACAUCUUUCCCACAGCAUCAAUAAGGAGUGGGCGGGACGAUUGGCUGCAAGACAAGGAAACUACAAAAGGCCAGAGAGGAAACCAAGAAGUGAAGAGGCCCUGGAAGAGGAAAAUGUCUGGAAGUCCAAGAAACCACAAGUUCCACCUUCUAAGCCACGUGGUGUUCCAGCUUUAGCUCCACCCACCAGACCAGCAGCCCCAGGCAGAGCCCCCGCCGCUCCCGUUAAGGAGAAAAAGUUGCCAGACAAAAACCUCAUGAAGCUUCAGUUACUUAUGUAUAUCAACCAAGGUCAGCCUUCAAACAUGGUAUGGGGAAAGUCAUGGAAGUUCAACAAGUCCUUGCCAACACUUGCAGAUGGCAAUGACGCCCAAUCAGACUGGGGGCAGUGCUGGAUGUUUGCCACUCAGCAGCCUUUUAGUGAGGCAGGCCAGCCUUGGAAAAAUGGGCCCAACAUGAUGGAUCCUAACAGCAUGCACUUCUGGGAGAAACUUGAGACCAGACUGGUGGAAACUGAGGAACUAGACCUGGGUCUUCCCGAGGAUGAGUGGCAUGCUUCCUGGAGAAGAUUAAACAAAACCCUAAAGGAUUCUGUGGAUGGGGAGAACCUGCACAAAUAUGGCAUGUUCAGCUUAUUGAUGCAGACUCAGCAGUACAAUGAAGAAUUAUGCGCAUCAGAGUGGGAUGGGUCAUGGAUGUCUACCAAGCCAAGUGAGGAGGAGUAUCUUGAGGAAGAUGUUAGCCCAAUGGAGCAGAAUAAAGACAUGGGCUCUUUGUUGGAAGGUUGGAAGCUUACAAACCAGUAUGGUGGCAACAAGACCCCAACAACCGCGGUCAAAAAAUCUUUAAGUCCAGUGUGGAACAACUCAUGGAGGGCGGCCAUGAUGGUCCCCAAUGAUAACAAGAAUUCUGAUGCCUCUAUGACGCAAGGCGACAUGGGUACCCAUGAUGAUCAUGGCCAGCAUGGCCAAUCACAACUCUACAGAGUGAGCCUUACAUCUCAGGAGAAAAAGUAUAGAAACCGUUACUCACAAGUCUGGGAUGAAUUUCAGGCUCUCUCUGAGUGGACCAAGUCCUGGGAGGUGACAAAGAACAACUCAAAACCAUGUGAAGAAAUAGAAAAGGUCCUGAAACUCUCACAGGAGGCUGUUCUAGAGGUUCCAAAGGUAGAGAGUAAGGAAAAAGCACUCCCCCCAACACCAAGCACUGCAGACCCACGUUAUGAGCAACUGAGACAUAGUGUGAUGUACCACCCAAGGAGAGAAUUUACCCAAGCUCAGCUCCUUCGAAUGAAACGUCUGGAAAAUGUCCUACCUGCCCCGGAAUGGAAAGAAUCUUGGAAGGCAGUGAAACACCAAAUGAGGAUGGAGAGGAGAAGAUACAGACCUGAUCCUUCAAGCCCUUUCAGACGACCUGAGAGGGGAGGAGACAGGAAGCCUGCCGCCUCAGAGUGGAAAGAUUCAUGGAAAUACACCUGCCAGCCACUGCAGCAGGAGCCUGAUCAGUGGCAGCAAGGUUGGACCGCCCUUCCCCAAAUCAGAGUGGAUCGUGCAAGAGAGUGGAACCACUUUGCCCCAGUGGACCUUCCCAAGAAUGGCCCAACUGGAGAGCGAGGUUGGGAGCAAUCAUGGAGGUUUUUAAGGCAGCAGCCUGGCCAGGUCAGGGCACCAACAAGCCAGGGAAGGUCAAAUGUACCUCCCCAACAUCCUGAUCAUUCAAGGGCACAGAGGAGGUAUGCAAGGUCAGUUUCUGACUGGCGGGAGGCCUGGAUGGUCUCGGAGACCCAGUUCCGCCAUGACAGACCUUCCUUAACUCAGUGGAGGGAUGCCUGGCAGUGGUCCAUCUUCCACACAGAGCACUGGGCUGACCAGAUGCCCAGAGAGAACCGACAAAGUGUGUUAAUGGAGAUCCAGCCCCCAAGAGAAUGGAUUAGAAUGGAGACAAGAAUGAGCCGAUCUUUUGACAAUAAGAUGUUCAGGGAACGCUAUCCAGAGAAGGAAUGGAAUGCUUCAUGGAAAGCUGGGGAGCUCCUGGGCCAUAUGGCAAGUGUUUAUGGAUCUUCAGGGCCAAGUGGGAAGACUAUGAGUGGUUCUGUUCAGAAUCAACAUGCCACCACCAAUGGUCAUGGCUCAAAGUGGGGGCGGCCAUUUAGGAUCGCUAACCCUAUGCCCAAAUUGGAGCAACCUUGGGUUCAGUCCUCUCCUAAUCCAUCUAAGUAUACAGUCAUGUGGGUAAGAGGGAUUACAACUCCAAACAAAAUCAACCCAAUGUUCGGCAACAGCCCUGCAAACUUCAGUCAAUGGGGGCCUUCCCACAGAUUCCUCCAGGGCAGCAGCUCUCAGACCAAAGACAAAGGAAAGCCUCAGCAGGUUGUUGACCCCAUGGUAAUUGUUGCAAAACGUAUAAAUUCAAGGGUUGAUCUGUAUGCUAAAUUAAUGAAGGUGAAACAAGCAGAUAAGACAUGGGCAGGAUGCCACCUGUUAGGAAAAACCCAGCCAAAGCCCAAGAAAGGUGCUUCAUCUGCCAAGAUGCCCAACCAAGGGGAGGAAGAUGACGGGUUAUAUGAAGAAUGGGUCCAAUCAUGGAAGUUCUUGGUAAAGCCUGGUAGUCUCAAGAAGAUUCGUAUGGUUUCUCCCAAAAGCUGGAGUAAGUCAUGGAAAUGCCUUAUACCUCCUUACCCACCAACAAACGGCCCAAAGACCAGAUAGAAAAAGUGCAUCGAAAACGUUAAGCUCAGACAUUAAGGUGAAACAUUUACAAUAAAUCUGACUACAAAUUUUACUACUCGUCGUUUAAUUUUUUUUUUUUUACAACUAUUUUACAAUUUGUUUGUGACAUGCUUAAAAGGUUUACAAAAGAUUAUUUAAUGUAUAAGCAAGAAUUUCUGGAAAGCCUGCAAGUUGAAAUUUGUGGUGUUGAAAGAAACUGCUGUUUAUCAGAGUGGAUGUAUACCUCUGCCUAUAUUUUGAGUAAAAGACGUUUAACACAGCCAUUUGUUUUGUGUGUAUUUUUGCACUCCACCUCCAACAAUACUCAUCUGAAAAUACUGCGUUAGUAAAGCUCUGUUUGUGUUGAUUUUAGUGCCCCCCUGUGGACAAUAUGGUACCUCCAAUAGAUUUACUUACUUUGUUGUGUAUGAAUUCUAAUGCAAACUCUUACUUUGCUCUUGUUCAACAGUCAAAUUAAGUUCUAAAAAGGCUAAUUAUUUAGUUUGCUGUUUAUCCUCUCAUUUCACACUUGCCCCUUCACAUAUGGUUUCAGGUAUUUACUCUCGAUACCAGAUUGUGUCAUAAACCAUAACCCAAAAGGGAUUCAUUCAAAAUGGUUUACGAACUCACAGGACACAAUCAUGUGUCCUGUCCUGUCAAUGUAUAACCAUUGACAGUCACAAGAUUGAUUUAGUGACAGCUAUAUCAUACACACUCACAUUUAAACCAAUUAAGAGUCAUUAGUAUGAGUGGUGGUACUCUGAUCUUUCAUGUUUUAAGUACAAAUAUCAAGUUUAAAUGCUGGAAAUCAAAACCAAAUAUCUGUAAAAACAAGAAUUAGAUAAAAACCUAUAGCACAAGGAGGAUCCUGACAGUCUGAGUAAAGAGCAUAAUAGGCGACUAAGAUUGUGAAGGGGAAAAGAACCACUUUAAAUGAUAGUAAAUCAUUCAAAUACAAAAUUCAUACAGGAAAGAGGGAUGAAAAAAGGCCCCAUGCAGAUAAUUUAUGCAACUUGUCUGCUUAGUUUUUAAGAAUCAGGAUCACAUAGGUGCUGUGGUCAGAGCAGGACCUCUUAUGUCCACCAGAUGGUGCUCUUGCACCUCUACAAGGGUAAUCAUUUCCAACCAUUACAACCUGAGCUGUCUGACUGAACUUUGGCCAACUUUGUGGAACACUUAUUUUGAGAUGAUGAGACCUGUUUUUUUCUGUCUACACAAAUACAGUUGAGCCAACUUACACAAAAAGCACAAGAGUUUCUGGUGCAAUAUAUGCAAUAUACAAUUUAUCCUGAAAUUUGAAGAAUUUCUCUAAAACGUUGUCUGAUUUUCUAUUUUUCAUCCCACUCUCAGACUUUGUGUCCUUGUGAAAUUAAUCAAACUAAAUCUUUAAACAAACACUUGUUUAUCCUAGUGCAGCAUUUUUAACACCCAGUAGAGCAAGAGAUCUGUUACCAUGGGUCAUUUUUCAUGGGUCAUUUUCUCUGUGAGGUCAGGCAGCAGUAGGAGACCUCUCCAUCUGUAAUUAGAUCCUCUGGACAUCCUGCUGCUGGUGGCAGAAAACUGCAGCAGGUUAAACUGAGCUGUGGAUCAGGCAGGUCACAACUGACCUUUAAGAAGAACCUAUUUUAAAGGUCUUUAUAAUGUGCUUUUGUGGGUGAAUCUACAGUCUUCAUGGUGAAAUCAACAACACAAGACAUUUUCUGUCAUUUGAUAGAGACAGAAAGUGCGAAUACAAACCAACUCACACAAUAGUUCAUUUUAUUAUUAGUCCUGAUGAAAGCUAAACUUUCCAUAAGCACCUCAUCCAUCAGCCUCUGACUAUACACACACCUGUUCAGAGCUUUUGUUCCUUGUCCUUUUAGUUAUUUAUUAGGUUGUCAAUGUUGCAUUGCAGUGUCAUCCUUAGGAGUAAGGAAGGUGAGGGGUAUGUUGUAGUCUGGUUUCCCCAUGGUUGGGCACAACAAAAGUGUUUUUUUAUUAGCUGUAAAUAUAGGUAUGAAUUUAAGGAAUGAUGACAAUCUGUUGACUUCUGAUAAUUUCAGUUUUUUUCUUUCAUCAUCAUUUUUGCCAUCACUGCAGGGACACAGCACUGUGGCAGCAGACUAUAUGAACUCAGAGGUGGAGAGCUUCUAGUGACUCAUCAGCCACCCUUGGUAGUCAAAAUGGUAAUAUGAUGAACUGUUUGGGAGCCAAAACAACGGAUUCUCUCAGAGCCAAACAAUCUGGUCCACUAGAAAAACUCUAAAGUCUCAUCAACAGAAGAUAAGUUAAGACAUGAGUAUUUAUACCCUUGAAAGACUUUUUUUAUGAUUGUAAAACACAGAUUAGCAGUUAAGACUGUGAUGUGUGAAGCUGAGAAAAGGAACCCUGCAGAGCAAACUCUGUCAUACAUAUGUGUGUUCAUCUGUUUUAAGAGGAAGAUUAGACAAAAUAGAAUUAUGAAUAACAAGACUUUAAAAAACGGUUUGAGUAAAUUUGUCGCCACAUUGAGUUCUAAAAUAAAUAGGCAGAAACUAAUCAUUAUGUGCAGCCUUGAAACUUGGAAGAUUUUGUCCCUUUCAAACAUUUUCUUAAAAGUCUGUGAGGACAAAAAUAAAGUAGUCAGUCAACAACAACUGUGAGGAUCCUUCAGUUCUGGAGGAUUUUGGCACUUGCUGUGUUGUCCCAUUGACACACACACACACACACACACACACACACACACACACACACACACACACACACACACACACACACACACACACACACACACACACACACACAAAGAUGCUCUGCCCUGCCCGCUCCACCAAUUGGACUGAUCUUGCAUCAUCACUGACACAUUAGGGGAAGUCCGGUUCAUGCUGCUGAAUCAUGCUGUACCGCAUAAAACUAUGUGUCUUUAUUUAGAAUCUGAGACUCUGUCCAUAAUGAUCAUAUAUUUGUUUACAAGUCUUAUGUUUUCACUGUUUGCACAUCCUCCCCACAGUGUAAGAAGGAUGUAAAAUAUGGGUAUUUCCAAUCUGCUGCUAUCUUGCACAAGUCAUUUGACAUUUAUCAUUUCUUUCUUUCAGCAGUAAUGCCACUAAGUUAAUAGAUGUCCUGUCUAAAAGGAUGUUUAUUUCAAUCACAUUGUUUCAGUGCACGGUGAUAAGAGUUUGUGUUUACAUCCAUCCACACUUGGAUGCAGUUAUAGGAAAAGCAGCCACACAGAAAAGUUUUUGCAAACUCUGCAUGAUCCCAAAAAAAGAGCUUUGAGGACUUUUACUCUGACUCAUUGUUUUGGAAAUAAUACAACCUCUCUUCCUGAUGAGCACACUCAGCCAGCUGAGAUGAAGACAGUUGAGGGGUAUAUCACUCUGUAGCAUGAAACCAAAUAAGAGAGGCACAUAGAGGGAUAAAUGAAAACUAGGGACGCAUGGUUUUGGUUUUUCUCGAUGGUUUUUCAAACUCUCUUUGGCUGAUACCCAUGAUGGUGCCAAUCUAAACACACCCUUUGUUUCAUUGUAAAGAAUGUAGAGUUCCUCCUGUGACUGCUGAUAUCAAGCCCAUAAUAUUGUGCAUCUCUAACAUAAAUGUCCAAGGAGAAUAAUUUCAUGAUGAGGACAAGUGAAGACGACUGCACAUUGGUCUUUGCAUAGGUUUGAUAUAAGUGUAAAAAUGUUCAUCAAAUUCAGAGCUCUACUGCUUCACUUGGACGUUCACAACCUGAUUUUGAUGCCAUGUUGUGCCUCAAGGAGUCAGUUUUAAGAAAAUUUCAGGAAAACUAAUGUAAAGAAGGCUCGACUCACUUAUUCAGCAAGAGUUGUUUCAUAACCGUCCACUACUGCACAGUCUAGAAAAAUGACCACCCUCUGCUAUGGCACAUGGAUCAGUUUACCGGUUUGUUGUCAAACACACACAUUCCUUCUCCUGUUGCUUGAGUCAUAGCUGAACUCAACCGGGAGCAAAUAUUUUUAUCAUGAAAUGUGAAUUUUGUCUAUUGUGAGGUAAUACGGAAGUGAGCAGAGAUGAAUAUUUUGAAGUUUUGUGGUUAUAUGAUGGUGCUCUUCAAGUUCAUGGACUGCAAGAACCCUGAAACCGAACACCAGGAGCUGCUUGACAAUCCUCACAAUACUUGGCAGCUCACCAGCAGAGGGAGAAAGAGCCUUUACAUAGACCCUCUCCAGUGUAAUGUAUGUCAGUGCUUUGUUCCAGCAAGCAACAUGGCCCCUGUUCGACCGCUGCUCUGGUUUCUGAUUGGCUCAGACAUGCUAAGACCUGUCUUGUUUGGUUUAUUUGUGCACCUGUUGAAUAAAGAUCAGUUUCACAUAAGUGUUUUCAUUUAAUUAAAGUAACCCCUCUGUGUUCCUGGGCAGGCGGCUGCUCCUCUCAUUGCCUCAGUCGACACUAAAUUUAGAACCGCUGCUCUGGAUCUGUUAACGUAGAAUGUAAAAAUAGCAAAGAGGGAAGCCUACUCACCCCAGAGCAGACAUACACGACAGACUGUGUAAGCAGAUAAAAAUUUAACUGCACAAACAAGCCAAAGACAGACCGACAAACAGAUAGACGGGGAAACAGAAAGACAAGCAGGGGGGACAGACUGGUACCCUCAUUGAAACAGCAAGGAUUCAAGACAGAGACAGAGAGAACGUGGACAUACAGAGUGGUUAACCUUCAUACAUGCGGUUGUCGGAUGUAAACAGAAAGACAGGAACCCUGUAAGAGAGGCAGAGACAUAAGGUAAGACAGUAUAAGUUUAUUUCUCUAUAUAUUGUAUAUCUAAAAUGUCAAAUCUAAUAUUUUGAGGAAAGUCUGUGGGAUUUUGAACAAGUAGGUUUGGAUUUUGAAGGACCUCUGUUGGAAGUCUUUCCCCCAUGCUAUAGCUAGGCUAUACAUCCUAGAGAGUCUGCUAUAAUGUACGAGGUCAGAGUCAUGUGACCAACAAAAGGGGAACCCUCUGAUUUUGUCGUUUGCUUCCACAUGUUGGGAGUACUGUGUGAUGAACUCAGACUCCUUGAGGGCUGAACAGUAUUAUAAAUCUUGUAUUACAAUAAUCAAUAAAGCACUUUAAAUUUAUUGGACAGUAAAAUAAGAGGAAAAAAUUAUGACAUUUCAUUUAAUGUAAGAGAUAUCCAGUUGGCACUUUGUUUAAGGUCGAGCCACUGGAAACAUGCCUAGAAAGCACUUAAUCAGCUAGAGAAGGUCAACUUGUUCACACUUUAUUCACUGGAGGAGAAUCCAAAGACCACUUUGUUCACAACUCACAGGAGUAGCAUCCAGAGGGUACUUUUCUUUGUAGUGUAUCCUCUCAAAGAGAAUCCAGUUGCACUUUGCUCAGGUUUUCUACCAGAGGGUUCACACUUCAGCCUAACCUCUGCUGGUGUCAACACUUAUGUUUCGUGAAAAGUAGCCAUGUGAUGUGUGAUAUCUUUUUGCUGGUAGUACACUUAUAUCUCCUGCCCUUUCAACACAACCUGUACAAAGUGGGAAAGUUAUACUGAGGAGCUGCACAUUGAAACUGUACAUAGCUUUUGGUUACAUAAGAACAUGUAACACGGAACUACCUUACAUCUGCGUUAGUUUUGUAGUGAGUCUCCACCAUGUAGGCCUGUCACUUUGGUCACUUCAAAUUUCCAAAAGCCUGAUGGAUGAGGACCAAAGGACAGAAUGUGAGACCCAAAAAUGGACACUGAGGCUCCCUUGAGGCUUUGGUCUGUGUUGGUUUAAAAUCUAAUUCUGUCAAAUUUGAGAUCAUUGCUGCAUCUUGACUAUUCUGUGUUUCUGUGCAUGUUUUUGCACAGCUCUCUGGUGAAAAUGUUUGGACACAGAGUGUGGGGGGUAAUAUCCUGACUAUGUUGAGCUUGCAGCAGAGGUAGUAACAGAGCCAGAUCAGUGUCUGUGUGAUGGGGCAGCGGGGUGAAAGAGAUCACAACUCUUUUGCUACCUGAUAGCUGGCAUGUAGUUUAAUAUUGCACAUAUGCAGAACUGUAAGCUAUCUUUGCUUAAAUCAGUCAAAAAGGACCUUCAUUGUACACCAAAAGCAACAUUCUUGCAGGGAUUGCAGGCACAAGGAUUCUGCAACAACAAGGAAAGUAAAUGGAAGUUAUAAAAGAAACGUGGUUUUGUUGACAUGUUUUUUGGUGACUUUAGCACCUGUGUUAGUAUUUCACUCUACAUUUGCCUAUGAAGAUAAAGGGGCGCUUAAAUGGUCACAUUUUGAAGUGUUGGGUUACAAUGAACUGCUGCUGAGUCUGAGAAAGUGCAGCCCAACUCAAGCCAAUGCUAAGCCGAGAUAAACACAGAAAUUACACCAUGCAUUAGUGUAUAGCUUUAAAAAGGCUUAAUCCCUUUUAAAACUGUAUUGCAACCCUGCUAUAUCUGUGGCUGUAAGUCACACUUGAGAGGGUGCAGCCUUCAUUUGUUCAUUCUCAGUAGUUUUCAUCAGACUUCUCUAAUGUCAUCUUGCACAGAGAGGCCUGAGCUCUAUUACUAUUUUUAAUUCAUCGUUUUAUUCUGAGGUCAUCUUCAUUUAUCAGCUCAGACACUGCAAAGUCCUGCAGCCCAUCCUGCAGACAGACAGACAGACAGGCAUUACAGUGUGUGUGAACUUUGUUGCACACAGCUCUCUUUCACACUCUGACGGCAUAGACUUAUGGUGACAGUACUGCAGAGUCUGGAAGGUCUAUGCUUCAGGCAAAAAAUACAUAAAAAAAAAGAAAUACAAAAACAAUCAGCAGACACAUUUUGCAGCAAAAUCUUUGGUUAAAGCAACCUUGAUGAGGGGUUGUACUUUUCCAAAACUUGGGAUUUAAAUUGCAGUAACUUCAUGCCAAGAAUGACAAUAGAAUAUCUCUAUUUUUGCCGUCUAUUACCUGAUUUUCCUCUUUUGCUCAUAGGUGACACAAUGUUGUCAAAAAAGAAGGAAGGGAGGUCGUUCAGCAAUGGGCCGCUGAGGGACCAAUGGGAGAAGAUGGCUCAAAGCAUUGAAAAGGAGAACAAACAGGAGGCUGAAUGGAAGAAGAAGAGUACCAACACAAUGUAAGAACUCCACAAGUCCAUCUUAAAAUAUAGUGAAGAUCUUUCAAAGACUCCCUGCAUGAUAAGACAGUUUUCAGUUUUUAGUGGCCUAGCUCUGUUUGCUUGUGCACAAAAGGCCAAAACACACAAAGAAGCUCCAUCUUUAAAAAACCCCCACCUCUCUCUAUGGACAAGGCCUAAGAGAGAAGCAAGAGGUGGUUUGUGGAGUAAUGCUCUGAGGCAUCACCCCUUGGUUUCUAGGGAAUAAUAUAGCUCACUGAUGCCACUUGUCAUACUGGAAAUGCUUACUCAACCUGAGUUUGAUCAACAACAUUGAGUUAAGGCGGUCAAAUGUCCUCCUGACAAACAGCUACAUGCCAACCUUUGAGCCAGUUCAGUAACACCUUUAAAUAUGCAGGUGUAUGUAGAACUUUUAACCUUAAUAUGAUCAAGAUGGAUGUUUGACUGAGGAAUCAAACCAAGCUGUUCACAUGUUACAUGUGUGAAAAUUGAUCUUUAAUUAUUUUUAGAAAGGCGCUCAGUAGGGUUGCCAUGGCUCUCGCUGCCGGCCUCAGGAGGACACUCUGGGAACUGCAGCAUUUUGCACUUUCAUGUUGACCUACUAGAUGUUGCAGCUUGGCUUAGAUCUUAAGCACAGCACUUUUACAUGCACUUAGUUUGCCUGUGGUUUGUAAGUGGCCCAUGUUGUAAGGAUUUUAGACUGCUGCUGUUAGGCUGAACAUUCCCCAUGGACUUUUGAUACACAUGUGUUGAGGUUACUAUUUAGUGUUCACUCUUUCUGCUGAUGUAUUUAACGUUCUCUUUAUUUUGUUGGUUUGUCAACAGAGCAGGCUCAAAGUGGAAUUACCACUGGUCUGUUCUUUGUAACGGCGACUUCAAAAAGUUAACCAGUGGUCAAAAUGAAGAGGAGCAAAAGCCAAAAAUCAAAUUCAAAGUCGUCCCCCCUCCACCUAAAUCCAAACCGGAGCCUCCACCCCCUCCACCUCCGAAGAAAGAAGCUCCACCCAAACUUCACAGACAUAAACGUAAAGUGGAAGUAGACGUGUUUCGGAUAUACUGGAAAGAUUCCUGGAUGAGUCUGAAGCCUCCAAAGUAUCUUUUCCUUAAGGCCAAAGAGUUAAGAGCCAGAAUGUCAGGAUUCACCACCAUAGAGCUGACCAAUGACAUGAGGUACAAACCAAAGGAGUGCCAACCUGAGGAUGUGUGGACGCCUCCUGCUGAGAGAUGGAGCCGCUCCUGGAAACAGGUACUGAGACUGACACUAUCUGAAGGCCUCACACUGACAUGUACUCAAUAAGACAACUGCUUAGUUUUCAGACAAACCAAAGGCUGUGAAAUACUGGCUGGUUUUAGGUCUCGUAUUAACAGGCUAACAGUCCACUAUUAUUACAAACCAAGGUUCAGUUUCUGAACAGAAUAGAGUGCUAUUGGUGGAGGCUUUAUACCUCUUCAGUACUCACUUGGCGUAUUUGCCUGUUUUACACCUGUAUGAGAGUCACCUUUUUACAGCCUUUGUUAAACAGAAAUGAAAAUUCAGCUAUGGUUUUAAAAUUGACGUUUAUAUGUUUUCUGAUUGUUUAAAAGGAUCCAGGUUUCUAUUUUCUCAGUCACUACUGUUGUGUCAUGGGGUGUUUGGGUGACAUCAGAAAAAUGUGGCCUUGUCUAACGUUCGCUGGCAUGAAAAAGUAUGAAAUAUUGCUGCGUUCAAGUUUCCUCGGAAGGCAGAAGUCCAAGUUGAAAAUGAGGUCACACCUGAGUUACCAGCGUUUCAAUUAAGAAGUCGGAACAAGAUGGCUACAUCUAUGAAAGUUAUUUUAGAACUUGCCUUGUCUGAAUAUAAGGCAAGUGCUUAAAUAACUUUCGUAGACGUAGCCAUCUUGUUUCCGCCUCCAAUUUAGCCUUUUUCCAACUUGGUAACUGAAACGCUGGUAACUUGGGUGUGUCAUUUUCAGCUCCAACAUCUGACUUCUGAGGAAACUCGAAAGCAGCAUAUGAGAUGAUCCCACUUUUUUCUCAUGUAUUUUCACUUAAAAACACAUUUUAAUAUAUUGUUAUUUUACAUAUUCAAACCAAAAAACGUUAUUACUUAUCGGGAUUUUUUCAGCCAGACACUUCGGCCAGUGAAAAUAUUAUCUGCCCGCCAACGACAUGUUAAAAAAAAAAAAAAAAACAGUCUACAUAAAACCUAGUACUGACUAAAACUGGACUUAGAAUUAAAUUAAGUUUAACACAUUAGUCUGACUGAAUCAAAUUCCUCAUAGUCUAAUGAACAUUCAUAGAUCAUACAGUUGGGGAUGGAUUUUCCUCAGCCUUGAUACACCUUAAUCCAAACCGUCCGGUGAAAUGCUGGACUGCUGUCCUUGUCCCAGUUUACAAGCACAGGCCAAAAAUCAAACGAUUCAUAGAGUUGCCAGUGACCGGCCUACGAUUCAUCAUAUGUCAGAAUUAUGCUCUUGAUCCUUUCCAGAAACUUUGGCAAUACAGUUCUUUUGAUCGUCUUUUCAUUGUCCUUCUUUCCAGGUGAAGAGUCCGGCUCAGCUGGAGCCCCCUGAGGAGAAAGAGUUCCAGUGGGAGGUUUUGUAUGACAGAAAAUAUGUUGGCAAGACUGAGAUAGAAGUAUUCACCCUUCCUCCCUGGGCUGGUACCUGGAAGAUCAUGAACUUUCCAUUCAGACAGUAUAAACCUGAAUGGGAUGUAAUCUGGCCAGACUAUGAACAAGAAGUCAGUGAUAAGACUUAUGAGCUGCAAAGGCUAGAGGAGGAGGUGAGGAUCAAGGAUUUUUCUUGUCCAUUUUUGCUCUACUAUAUAUUUUGUUACAUGCAAGAGUUCUUUGAGCUGACCACCCUUCAUUUUUUUAUAUUAAGUACAAAUGUUUGUUGUGACUGUUUUACAGGAGGAAUUAGAGGACUGGGAGGAUUCAUGGAAACUUUCUGAGGCAGAAAUCGAAACAGAAUACCAAACAGAAGAUGAGACAGAGUAUGAUUCAGAAGAAGAUGAGGAGGAGUCGGAGUAUGAAUAUGACGACUAUGAUGACUAUGAUGAGACACUUUCAGAAAGCUCCUGCAGCUCUGAAACACCUACGAUGACAAGGAUUAAUGGCGUGUUCAUGCCCGGUUGGAGUAGCUCCUGGCUAAUGUCUGCAGCGCCCCCUGUGGAGGCAGAGGAGCAUCAGAAGAGCUGGAGCUGCUGCUGGGGAUACAGUCAACAGUUCAGGUGGGUCAGUGUGCCCCAUGCUUAAAGUUAAGUGCUGUAAAGGUUUGAACAACUCUAACAAAAUGUAAGUGAUUAUUUUGUUUGUUUUAGUUUCUGUUUGUAAUCAGGAAAAUGUUUUUGUGUUGACAGUUUAAAAGUUUAUCUUUAAAACAGAUUGGUUGAGCAGCAUAUGAGAAGUUAGGAAAAUACUUGAUGAAAGACACAGGAGUAAAGCACCACACUGGAGGACCCAAGAAAUGGGUGGCUGCAAAGUCUUUUUCUUGCAAGACCAACAUGUCAGCAACAAGUGGUGCUUAGUUACAAUCAUUUCACCUCAGACGGCUUCAACAAUGACCACAAAAAGUUACGAACCAAAAGCUAAAAAAGUAGAUACAACAGUCAUGCUGUCAUAGCCACAGCUGCAACCGUCCAGCAGUUACAUCCUCCUUUUGGGGGUCAAAUCUGGAGCACUGGCCCAGGUCGUUCUUGUGGGCUCGCCAUGUAAGUUGGUGUUUUUCCACCUCUGCACCCGUCUGCCUACACAAUUCCAUGCUGAAGAAAGGGAAAUUUUAUAGACCUCAGGUCUGACAAGCACAGCUGUAUUCUGGGAGUGCAAUACUUCAAGCAGUGGUCCCAAAGUAGGGGUCGAAACCCCCCCCCCCCCCCCCCCAGAUAUCAUGAAUUACUGAGCUGGGGGUCAUGAGGUGCCCCCUGAAAAGCCACUGAAAUCUUAUUUAACCCUUUAAUACCUGAAACCACAAAUUAUGGCCAGAAAAUUCUUUUUUUUUUGGAGCUGAAAUGUUUGUUUAUUUCACUUACCACUGAAAACCAGAAAAAUCAAAAUGUCCUUAAAAUUAAACAAAUAUAUUUAUUUAUCUCGUUUGAUACAUUUUUUUUUCCUCAGGUGGUGUGAAGCUUCGCUGGCGUCCCAUCAUCGUCACAGCGUCAUGCUGACAACCAAACGCAAAACCACAAACCUCCUCCUGACGUCACAGCUGGACGAGGAGAUCACCGAUACGACAGAAUGGAUGGACUCCUGGAAGACCCUGAAAAGAUGGGUCCCACCCAGGGAGGAGGGACCUAAGGAGGAAGAGGAAGAGGAAGAAGAAGAGGAGGAGGAGGAGGAGGAAGAGGAGGAAGAAGAGGAGGAAGAAAAGGAGAAAGAGGAGAAGAUGGAAAAAGAGGUAGAAAAAGUUAUAGAAAAAAUAGAGGAGGAGGAAGAUGAGGAGGAGGAGGAGGAGGAAGAAGAGGAAGAGGAAGAAGAAGAGGAGGAGGAGGAAAAAGAGGAAGAAAAGGGUGUAGAAGAGAAAGAGGAGGAGGAGGAAGAGGAUGAAGGGGUAGACAGUAAGGAGGAUGGCAUAGAUGAGGAGGAAGAUGAAGAGGAGGAAGAAGAGGAGGAGGAAGAAGAAGAGGAGGAGGAGGAGGAAAAAGAGGAAGAAACAACAUCAAAAAGAAAGGAUGAAGAAAUAUGCAAGAUACAGGAGUUCAGGGAAGAAAUGAUCAAGACGGAUCUGGAGAAAGAGGUGGAAGAAGACGAUGAAGGUGUAGAAGAGGAGGAAGAUGAGGGUGAGGAAGAAGAGGAUGAAGACAAAAAAAAGGGUGAUAGUGUUCAAAUAGGAAAGGAGGAUGAGAAGGAGGAUAAAAGAUUGGUAUCAGAGAAGGAGAGUGAGGAGGAAGAUGAUGAUGAUGAGGAGUUUGAGGAAGCGCAGGAGGGGAGGGAGGAUGAAGAGGAAGAGGAGGAGAGUGAUGAGUUUGUAGAUGUGGAAGAGGAGGAGGAAGAGGACGAACAGGAGAAAGAAGAAAAAGCACACAAAAGAGAGAGUGAUGAAGAUGAGGACGAGGAGGAAGAGGAGAAAGAAUAUAAAGAUAAUGAAGAGGAUGAAGAGGGGGAGGAAGAGGAGGAGGUAAAAGAAAAAGGCAAGAUGGAUGAGGAGGAAAAGGAGGAGGAGGGCAAGGAAGAAGAAGAUAAGGAGGAUGAAGAAGUUGAGGAGGAGGAGGAGGAGGAGAAUGACGACAAAGAGGAGGAUGAGGAAGAAGAGGAUGAAGAAGAUAUAAACGUUAAAAAGGAAAAAGAGGUGGCCAAGGAGGAUGAAGACAAAGAAAAAGAUGAUGAUGAGGAGGAGGAUGAAGAAGAGGAGGAAGAAGAUGAGGAGGAUGAAGCUGAUGAAAAGGUGUUAAAAGAAUCAGAGGAAGAGGACAAAGAGGAAGAUGAGGAGGAGGAUGAAGAAAAAGGCGAGGAGGAAAAGGAUGAGGAAGAGGAGGACUCCAAACCUGCUGAAGAAGAGCGGCUAAAAGUAUCAAUAAAGAAUGACAGGAUUAAAAAUGUAGAAGAAGAAAAGGAGAGCAAAAAAGAGAAGAAGAAGAAGAAGAAACGCAAACCUAAUGCCCCGCUCCAUCUUCAGUUCCACAAGCUCCACACCUCCUUCUCCUCCUGGAAACAGUCGUGGAUGGUGACUGUCCCUCACAGACCAGGAGACGUAGAAGAGGAAGAGGAGGAGGAAGGAGAGGAGGUGGAGGAGUUGCGUGCUUGGAAGGAGUCAUGGAGGAUUUGUAGAUGGAAGAAACCGGACGAAGAUGAGGUGGUUUGUUUCUCCACCGAACACCGGAGUCCGAGAUACAUGAGACUGAUACAUGAUGAAGAGGAGGAUGACAUAUGGAACAAAGAGUGGACUCGCAGCUGGAGGAUGAAAUAUAAAGGAGAUAAUGAGGAGGAGGAGGAGGAGGAAGAAGAAGAAGAGGAAGAAGAGGAGGAAGAAGAGGAAGAAGAAGAGGAGGAGGAAGAGGAGGAAGAAGAAGUUUUCUGA